CAGCAUGAAAUAUCAAGUACCCCAGUGUAUCCAGUGCACAUGCCCAUGUCCCAGCAUUGUAAUCCGAUCACAGAUUACUUUAGAGAGUUGGACAACAACCAAAGAGUGACCUUGCUUGGGUUUCUGGAGCUACUGACAUUGCAAUUACGUCAACAGGGGGAAUCUAAUGGAAGAGAAAUAUUUGGGAACAACCAGCACUCCAUGAACUCGCCAAAUACUCAGGUUUUUGACAGGAAUCCAAGAUCAUCUGUCAAAUCUGCACAGAAAAGUGAAAUGAGACUCGUUCCCUUGAUCAUAGAUCCAGAUGACAAAGAUCACUUUGCUGAAAUUCUUGUGAAUCCAUCACAGUUAAGGGGCAUAGAGAACAAGGCUGGAUCCAUGAAAAAUCCAGCAUUGUACCUGUUGAAUAAAGUUCUGGACUUAGUAUUUUCAUUUGAAGAAAUGGCCGCCAGCAAAGGUGUUAGUUCCCUCCCUAUCAACAAGAGAGAGGCUAUACAAGAAUAUCUCCAUACAAGAUGCAGUGCAUUAAACUUUCAAGAACUAUCCCAGAAGAAGUACAUCACUGCUAUCCAGAACAAGAUUGGGAACCAUAGGUUAUCAAAACGAAAGAGUUGCAAGUAAGGGGAGCAGAGCAGAAAGGAAGAAAGAAGUCUGAGGGUGACGACAAACUAUAAGUAUUUGAGAAAUUCGACAGAAAUGUAUCGCUUUGUGUCCCCAGAUGUUGAAGAAGUAGUGUUGGGAAUCAGUUGAUAUUUCAACAUUGAUGGACAAACAUUUAUAAAUAUUUUGAUAAUUUGCAUUUAUUUCAUUCCUUCUAGCAGUUUCUACAAUGAAUUUAAGGAUUAAUCGGUUGGCAUACUAGUACGUACAUAAUGCUUAACAAAUGGGAUUUUUCUUUGGACAUUUUGUCUUAUGUCUAGCUGCCGCUCACUCGCAGUUUCUUAUCUUUCAUUCAUACCAUUUCAGAGUUACAGUCUUCACCGAUGAACAGUUAUCAUUAAUAUUUUAUAAUUAAUUAUGUCCCCCUAACAAAGUUGGGGGGCCAUAUUGUGUUUGUUUCAUUUCUUAUUAAAUUCUUCUUUAGCUUUCUUCUAUCUUUUCAUGGUGAACUUGUCCGGCAGUUUCCUCCUAAACUAUUGGACAGAUCCUUAUGAAACUUCACAUGAGUAUUGCUUGGGGGGCAGAAGGUGUGCAACGUGCAUGUCUUGGAACAAAACUCAAAAAUGGCUGCCAUUUCGUGGCCUCUGAUUGGUCGAAAUUUAGAUAUUGUUUGAUUUUGGUACAGAUUGGUAUAUGGGAUUGAGGGAAGCUGAUCAGAAUGGUACUACUUACAAAAUUGUCUGAGGUUUCUGGUUUUUUUUUCCCCCAAAUUUAGAUAUUGUUUGAUUUCGGUGAAAACUCUUCCAUUAUCAUUAUUUACGACCGUUGGGGUAGUUUGGGGGACAUUAAUUUAACGGUUGUCCUUACAAUUAGUACUUGUUAUAUUAAAUAACAUGAUUGGUAGUAAUUUAAUCUAAUACAGAACUGUCGUUCUCUUCUAGGUAGUACAUGAAGUGAAAGUGAACCUCAUAAUCAAUUAAUAAGAAUUGGUUGCCUUUCGAUUAGAUAUCAAAUAUGAUCGAUCAUCGGAACAACACUGUUAAACCAUGUUGCAAAAAUGUCCAUCUUGUUAAAUCGGUUCCUGUUAUGUAAUUGUCACUCUUGUAAUUAACAUUUAAUACUGGUUUAGGACCACUAUGCAUUUAAGGAAACCUUUUUUUCUGUUAUAAACAUUAUGUCUUUGGAUUGUUCUUACCUGUAGAAAUGGCAUAUUCCUUUGUAUAAAUUGUUUCUUUGUUCAAAUUCAUAUAAGAAGAAAAACGCAACUCCGGAAAUCCAAAUUUUAAAAAUUUAUUCAAAGAUUAAAAUACAAAACAUUAUGAUAUUUAUCCAUGCAGAAAUGUUUCAUAUCAUGUAAAAUUAAAUUUUUGACAAAAUAGAAUGUCUGUAACAGGCCUAGGACGGACAUGCAUGUUGUACCAUGGCCAGAAACUGUUGCAAUGGUAACAAAAAUGUGACUUUUUUUUCAGUUGUCCUGACUUAUGAUAUUGGUCUAAGAUAAUUACCAAAUAUGAAAAUCUAAAAAAUAUGUGCCAUGCUUUCGUAUUGAUUUCUCUUUUUUUUUUAAACUGAAAUUUAAGCUAGGCAUUUCUGUAGAGUAUCUCAAAUACUUGAGUAUGCCCAAAAAGGUGAAAGCUAUUUUGAAAGAAACACAUAUUGUCACCAGUGAUGUUUCUCUAUGUACUUCUUUUUGGAUACCAGAAAUUAAUAAAAUAAACACAUGCAAAUGAAAAAGAAGCAAUAUUCUGAGGUUAUCUUUAUUUAAAGUUGGAUAUGUUUUCUCAAUUAUUAGCCCAUCAUCAGAUUCAUUGUGGGCUAUUAUUCAAUUCACCUAUCAAUGUUAGUCACAAUACAGCAUAAUGUAACAAAACCAAGAAGAUUCAAGGGAAAAGAUCUGCUUGACUGCUUAAUGAAUGGAGUGACUGAUGGAGAUCAAACAAUG